CUCGGGCGCGGAGGGCGGACGGGACCCCGCGGGCGCCGGGAGGGAUUGGCCGGGCGGCGAAGGGAGGCGGGCGGAGAACAUGGCGCCGGGGAGCGGCGCGUGCUGAGGCCAGCGGAGCCGGGCCGGGCGGCGGCGGCGGGGAAAGGCCGGUGCUGGCGGCGGGGCCGCCAGGGAUAUGCGGCAGCGGCUGUUCCCUGUGCUGAGCCGGGCUCUGCCGGGCUGGACGCGCCCCCGGGCCUCCUCGCUCUCGCUCUCUUUCCCUCAGGGCUGGCGGCGGAGCUCUCUCGGGUUUCAGAAGGAGUCAACCAACAAAAUGAACAAUCCAGCUAUUAAGAGAAUAACAAAUGAAAUUAUUAAAUCACCUGAGGAUAAACGGGAAUAUCGUGGACUGGAAUUGGCAAAUGGCAUUAAAGCUCUUCUCAUUAGUGACCCCACCACAGAUAAGUCCUCAGCAGCACUUGAUGUCCACAUAGGAUCCUUGUCUGAUCCCCCCAACAUUGCUGGGCUUAGUCAUUUUUGUGAGCAUAUGUUGUUCCUGGGAACCAAGAAAUAUCCAAAAGAGAAUGAGUACAGCCAAUUCCUAAGUGAGCAUGCUGGGAGCUCAAAUGCUUUCACCAGUGGUGAACAUACCAACUAUUACUUUGAUGUGUCACAUGAACAUCUAGAAGGUGCUCUGGACAGAUUUGCCCAGUUUUUCCUGUGCCCCCUGUUUGACGAAAGUUGCAAAGAUAGGGAAGUGAAUGCUGUUGAUUCUGAGCAUGAGAAGAAUCUGAUGAAUGAUGCCUGGAGGUUGUUUCAAUUGGAGAAGGCUACUGGAAAUCCCAACCAUCCCUUCAGUAAAUUUGGAACAGGGAACAAAUUCACUCUGGAAACUAGACCAACCCAAGAAGGAAUAGAUGUAAGGCAAGAGCUACUGAAGUUCCAUUCUACUUAUUAUUCAUCAAAUUUAAUGGCUAUUUGUGUCUUAGGAAGAGAAUCCUUGGAUGAGCUGACUUGCUUAGUGGUAAAGUUAUUUUCAGAAGUAGAGAAUAAAAAUGUCCCUAUACCAGAGUUUCCUGAACAUCCUUUCCAAGAAGAGCAUCUCCGGCAACUUUAUAAAGUGGUACCCAUUAAGGACAUUAGAAAUCUUUAUGUCACAUUUCCUAUACCAGACCUUCAGAAGUACUAUAAAUCAAACCCUGGCCAUUACCUUGGCCAUCUGAUUGGGCAUGAAGGCCCGGGGAGUCUUUUGUCAGAGCUUAAAGCCAAAGGGUGGGUAAAUACUCUUGUUGGAGGCCAGAAGGAAGGUGCUAGAGGUUUCAUGUUUUUCAUCAUUAAUGUGGACUUGACAGAAGAAGGACUUUUGCAUGUUGAAGAUAUUAUUUUGCACAUGUUUCAAUAUAUUCAAAAACUACGGACAGAAGGACCUCAAGAAUGGGUUUUCCAAGAGUGCAAGGAUCUAAAUGCUGUGGCAUUCAGAUUUAAAGAUAAGGAGCGACCACGAGGUUACACAUCAAAGCUCGGAGGAAUGUUGCAUUAUUAUCCCAUAGAAGAAGUAUUGGCUGCUGAAUAUUUGCUUGAAGAAUUCAGGCCUGAUUUAAUAGAGAUGGUACUGGAUAAAUUGAGACCAGAAAAUGUUCGAGUUGCAAUAGUUUCCAAGUCUUUUGAAGGAAAAACUGAUCGAACGGAAGAGUGGUAUGGAACACAGUACAAGCAAGAAGCAAUUUCUGAUGAAGUUAUUAAGAAAUGGCAAAAUGCUGACCUGAAUGGGAAAUUCAAGCUUCCAAUGAAGAAUGAGUUUAUUCCUACAAACUUUGAGAUUUUGCCAUUGGAAAAAGAUGCAACGCAGUACCCUGCCCUUGUCAAGGACACUGCUAUGAGCAAACUAUGGUUCAAGCAAGAUGACAAAUUUUUUUUGCCAAAAGCUUGUCUCAACUUUGAAUUUUUCAGCCCAUUUGCUUACGUGGAUCCCUUGCAUUGUAACAUGGCCUAUUUGUACCUUGAACUACUCAAGGACUCCCUCAACGAGUAUGCAUAUGCAGCAGAACUAGCUGGCUUGAACUAUGAUCUCCAAAAUACCAUCUAUGGGAUGUAUCUCUCUGUAAAAGGCUAUAAUGACAAGCAACACAUCUUGCUCAAGAAGAUCAUUGAGAAAAUGGCUACUUUUGAGAUCGAUGAAAAGCGAUUUGAAAUUAUCAAGGAAGCGUACAUGAGAUCGCUUAACAACUUCAGGGCUGAACAGCCUCACCAGCAUGCAAUGUAUUAUCUCCGACUCCUGAUGACUGAAGUUGCUUGGACCAAAGAUGAAUUAAAAGAAGCUCUAGAUGAUGUCACCCUUCCCCGUCUCAAGGCCUUCAUAGCACAGCUGUUGUCACGGUUACACAUUGAAGCUCUUCUCCAUGGCAAUAUAACAAAACAGGCUGCAUUAGGAAUUAUGCAGAUGGUUGAGGAUACUCUCAUUGAGCAUGCUCAUACAAAGCCACUCCUUCCCAGUCAGCUAGUGAGGUACAGAGAAGUGCAGCUUCCUGACAGAGGUUGGUUUGUAUAUCAACAGAGAAAUGAGGUUCAUAACAACUGUGGCAUUGAAAUAUAUUACCAGACAGACAUGCAGAGUACUUCUGAGAAUAUGUUUUUGGAGCUCUUUUGCCAGAUCAUCUCAGAGCCGUGCUUCAAUACCCUGCGCACCCAGGAGCAGUUAGGUUACAUUGUGUUCAGUGGCCCACGUCGGGCAAACGGCAUCCAAGGACUGCGAUUUAUUAUCCAAUCUGAAAAGCCACCACACUAUUUAGAGAGCAGAGUUGAAGCAUUCCUAAAAACUAUGGAGAAAUGCAUAGAAGACAUGACAGAAGAGGCCUUCCAAAAACACAUCCAAGCUUUAGCAAUUCGUCGUCUAGACAAACCAAAGAAGCUGUCUGCAGAAUGUGCUAAAUACUGGGGAGAAAUCAUUUCCCAGCAGUAUAACUUUGACAGAGAUAACAUUGAAGUGGCUUAUCUGAAGACCCUGACCAAGGAUGACAUUAUACAGUUCUACAAGGUGCUGUUGGCAGUAGAUGCUCCCAGAAGACACAAGGUAUCAGUACACGUCCUUGCAAGGGAAAUGGAUUCCUGCCCUGUUGUUGGAGAAUUCCCAUGCCAAAAUGAUGUGAACCUGGCACCAGCACCACCACUACCACAGCCAAGUGUGAUUGAAAAUAUGACAGAAUUCAAGCGCAGUCUGCCGCUCUUCCCACUGGUGAAACCACAUAUCAAUUUCAUGGCUGCAAAACUGUGAAGAACCCCAAUGGAUGAAGACAUGCAAAUGAUCAGUACUGACAUGGUUUCAGGGGACUUUGUGAUGAACAAAAUUAUUAAAGAUCAUUGGGAUAAAUGGUUCUGUUCAUUAUGGAAGUCCCGAAUUCCUUCUUGGUUCAUUUGACAUUAGCUGUGUGUUAGGGAUAGAGGGUAUAUAAAAAUCAGUUGUGGUCAUGUGUCAUUUAUAUUACAGACAACCUGUUAAAAACCAAAAUCAACUGAAACAACAAUAAUAAAAAAACUUGUAGAUGCAGUAUAUUUUUAAAAUAACAUAUCCCUUCAGAAUUUCAUUUUGAUGAAAUAACCCUCCAGAGCAAACAAAGUUGCUUGAAAUGUGCUUGUUACUCCUGAAAAACACUGUUUAGUAUCCCAAUAAUUAUUUUAUUGGGAUUUGGAGGGGGUGAGAUAAGUAAGUCCUUUUUGGGAUGAGGUCAACAAUUUUUAUUGAAAAUAGAGACUUUCACAUUUUUUUGAAGUGACGUGUUGAAUGAUACUUUUUUAAUUGAUCCGCAAUGCAACCAACAUAUUUUCUAUUUAAGUUUUAUGAAGACCAGUGGGGCUGAAAAAAAGGAAAUUUGACAACACAAUAAUAGGUGAGAGAAUUGUCUUAAUGAGAAUAAUUGAAGAUAAGGGCAUGAUUUUAAUCUUUCUAUACAAAUUCGGGGACAUUUUAUAUUAAAACUAGUAAAAUGCUGGAAACACUUUAUUAGUGCAUCUUACUUUUGUUAACAAAGUGUUGUCCCAGUCUCUCUCUGUCAACAUCCUGUUCAGUUUUACAGCAUUACUGUGAACUGUCCAUUUGGUAUAUCAAAUACUUUCUUUGGUGUCAUUUUUUGUUUUCAGUUGCAUAUGUGCUGAUGGAGAAUUCAGUCUGUUUUGCCUCAGCUGUUACGUUGAGUCUCAGUCCAGCAAAGCACUCAGCAGUGAAAAUACCUUUAAAAACACACGUGUUCUUUACUCAAGAACAGAUGCAUGUCAAAUAGAGGCACUCUAAUGAGUCAGAUACAUCAUUAUUUUGAUGCCUGUGUGGGUCCCUCUUGUCCUUCAAGAAGGUGUUUGUGACAGUGCAGUGCUGGGGCAGCAGUGUUACAGCACAUCCUGUGCUUCAGGUUACAUCACAAAGGGUUUGCUCCUGCUGCUGGGAAGAAGGCUGUGCAGAACUCAGAAGGAUCAAGAAUUAUGCUGAAAUAAUGUUUAUAUUUAUAUAUAUAUAUAUAUAUUCUAUAACGUAGCAAAAUGAUAAAACAGUAUAAGGUGUCUCACCAACUUUACUGACUUCUGCAGAGUGGUCUUGUGCUUGGGACAGCACCCAAAUCAGAAAAGGCAAGGAGUAUGAAGUUCUCCUACCUCUGUAAUACAUAAAAGAGAUGUCACUUAGACAGGAGAGAGUUUUAUACUGAAGGUAUAAAAUCUGCUCAUCAGAGGUGUUAGUGAGAAUUUGUUUCUUACUAAAAGAGCCUGAAAGUAAUGCCCUGAUGUGACAGGCAUGUGUGUCAAACAUCAGAAUCCUGGUGUAGUCAAUAGAGCUGUUCUGUGAUUGAAUCAUUGUGGGUUCUUACAUUGGCUCUGAGGCCAAAUGAAAUGAAUGCUUGACAGGGAAAGGGCCUUAAGUUGGGUUUAUUUGAGAGUCUCUUCUAACUGAAUAAAUAUGGUGCAUUUAAAAGUUGUUUUAAAGGUUAAUGGUACAUGUUUCAGUAUCUUUUUAAUAAAUUCACUGAGAGUUUGUGAUGUAACCUGUUGCCAAGGAAGGCCACUAGCAUCUUUUUUAACCUGAUGAAGAGUAAAAAAAAAAAUAAAUACAGACUAAACAAAACCAGUAAAGAUGUCUCUGCUCACAUUUUUCAUGGAUCCUCCACAUGAGGAUUUUUGCCCUCUUGCAUUUCACUUUUGUUUAUAGUUUUCCUUUAGUAAAAGUAUUUGUAUUAUAUAUAAAGGUUUUGACAACAUAUUAUAAAAAUAUAUAUUUUGGGAUUUAGUAUUUAAACAUGCCACUCUUAUGGUGAAUAUAAUGAAAUGGCUCCUAUUGUGUGUAAAAAUAAAUAUAUAUAUAUAUAUUCAUGGAAGUACUAUCAACUCUUAACAGAUUAUAUAAAUAAAUUGGAAUAGAAGAGUAUAUAACACUCAGCUCACAAAUCAUGUUUUCCAGGGGAAAAAAUGUAUAUCCUCAAAAUUCUGUGACUGGAUGUGGAAACCCAUGUAGUUUUCCAGCAACUCUUAAUUGCUUUUAAGUGUUCUCCAGCAUUUUACAGUUUCUGAGUUUGAUAUAGCAGUAAAUUUUGAUAAACUCAGGCAUACUAAUGGGUUCAUUCUAAUGGAUCCAAAGCUGCAGUGUCUACAAGCAAUAAAGAACUACCUAGAAUACACUGUAAUUCAAUUUUAGUGCUUGUUAAUUAGUUUAUGUAAGAAACCAUAAAUUAUUAUUACAUAACUGUAAUUUUUGCAAGUGCUAUUUUAAGCAGUUGAUGUGGAAUUGGGUGCAUGUGACACAGCCAGUAUGACAGAGUGCUAGAGUUAUUCUGUUUACAAUAAACAAUCUGAAUUUAA